AUGGCCACAGCGGGAAACCCCUGGGGCUGGUUCCUGGGGUACCUCAUCCUUGGUGUCACAGGAUCGCUCGUCUCUGGUACCUGCAGCCAAAUCGUAAACGGCGAGGACUGCAGCCCGCACUCGCAGCCCUGGCAGGCAGCACUGGUCAUGGAAAACGAAUUGUUCUGCUCGGGCGUCCUGGUGCAUCCGCAGUGGGUGCUGUCAGCCGCACACUGUUUCCAGAACUCCUACACCAUCGGGCUGGGCCUGCACAGUCUUGAUGCCGAUCAAGAGCCAGGCAGCCAGAUGGUGGCGGCCAGCCUCUCCGUACAGCACCCAGAGUACAACAGACCCUUGCUGGCCAACGACCUCAUGCUCAUCAGACUGGAUGAGUCCGUGUCCGAGUCCGACACCAUCCGGAACAUCAGCAUUGCCUCCCAGUGCCCUACCAUGGGGGACUCUUGCCUCGUUUCUGGCUGGGGUCUGCUGGCGAACGGCGGAAUGCCCACCGUCCUGCAGUGCGUAAACGUGUCGGUGGUGUCGGAGGAGGUCUGCAGUGAGCUCUAUGACGCAGUGUACCACCCCAGCAUGUUCUGCGCUGGUGGAGGGCAGGACCAGAAGGACUCCUGCAAUGGUGACUCUGGGGGACCCCUGAUCUGCAAAGGGUCCUUGCAGGGCCUUGUGUCUUUUGGACAAGCCCCGUGUGGCCAAGUCGGCAUGCCAAGCGUCUACACCAACCUCUGCAAAUUCACUGAGUGGAUAGAGAAAACCAUCCAGGCCAGUUAAAUAUAGGGACUUGGGCCCAUGAAAUUGACCCACAAAUACAUCCUGCAGAAGGAAUUCAGGAAUCUAGGUUCCCAGCCCCUCCUCCGUCAGACCCAGGGAUCCAGGCCCCCAGCUCCUCCUCCCUCAGACCCAGGGAUCCAGGCCCCCAGCUCCUCCUCCCUCAGACCCAGAGCUCCAGGCCCCCAGCCCCUCCUCCCUCAGACCCAGGAGUCCAGGCCCAAGUCCCUCCUCCCUCAGACCUAGCAGUCCAAUGCCACCUAGACUCUUCCUGUACACAGUGCUGCCUUGUGGCACGAUGUUGACCCAACCUUACCAGUAUUAAAGUUGCGUUUUCACAUAUUUUGUCCCAUUUCCCUAGAUCCAGAAAUAAAGUCUAAGAGAAGUGCAGAUUCUGUUUCCAGUAUCCUCCUUGCUUCCCUUCCACUCAAGAGAUUCUAGCAAAUGGCUUUCCCUUCAUAGGUCUCAGUUUCCCUAUCUGAGAAAUGGGAGCUUUGACCAGGAGGCCACAGGGUUUCAGAGGGAGCAGCCGUUCCCUGGGUAAUUAAGAGAAACCAGUGCCAUGGAUGUUGUCCAGUUUCUGAAUAGUCGAGUCAGCAAAUGGUAACUAGAGAUUUUCUUGCUCAGUUUAACUACUCAACUUUAGUUCACAUCUACUUAUUUUUGUCUUCUAACUGCAUUUCAAGAACUUUUCAUUUGCAUCUGUCUCAGGACUCGGCUGCUGUAGCUGGAGUCUGGUGGGGGAAAUAGCGGAGAGGCCUACUGUGAGUGAGAGCUACAGAGACCAAAGAGCAGAGACAGGGGAGGCUGAGGGGCAGAAUGGGGCAACUGAGGGGCAAGG